AUGUGGAAAAAAUAUUUUUUCUUUUGCUUUUUACUUCUGGCUGUGACAACAGACCAGAUAGUAUACGGGCAAAACAGAAAGAAAGGAAAGAAUUCUCACUCUCUCAUGCAAAAAGAUGAAGGUGAUAUGUGUCUCGUUGAUAUAGUCUUUAUCUUGGACAGUUCAGAAAGUGCCAAAAAUCAGUUGUUUGAUUUACAGAAGAAUGUUGUUCAAAACUUAACUGACAGCAUUUUCCAGAUGAAGGCAGUUAAGUCUCAGAAGUAUAAUGUCAAACUAGCAAGUAUGCAGUUCAGCAGCACAGUCAGCAUUGAUCAUCCCUUUACAGCCUGGAAAAACGUGCAGAAUUUUAAAGAGAAGAUCAAGUCUCUGGGCUUUAUUGGCCACGGCACCUACUCCUAUUAUGCAAUUUCCAAUGCCACUCAGCUGUUUAAAACCGAAGGUCGUAGAAGAAGUGUGAAAGUGGCUUUUUUGAUGACUGAUGGUGUAGAUCAUCCAAACAGCCCUAAUGUCCAGGAUAUAGUCACAGCAGCUAGGAGUCUUGGAAUACAUUUUUUUACCAUUGGCCUUUCUAAGAAAAAAGUCCAAGAAGAAAAAUUGCGCAUGAUAUCUGGUGAUUCAUCCUCUAAACAUGUCUUAUGCCUGGAUGAUCAGAACCUGAUAGUUGAUGUAGCAUUGGAACUGGAAGCCAUGCUUCAGAAGCAGUGUAUGCAGAAGAACUGUUGGUGUGAAAAGGGAGUAAAAGGAGACAAAGGUGAUUCUGGCAGUGCUGGUAACAGAGGGGAAAAAGGUGAGCCAGGACCAAAAGGAAACAAGGGUGAUGCUCAAAAAGGAGAUCAUGGAGAAAAAGGUGAAGAGGGAGCUCCUGGCUACAAGGGAGACAAGGGUGAAAGAGGAGAAUGUGGAUCCCCAGGAAUAAAAGGGGAAAGGGGUUUGGAAGGUCCUUUUGGCCCUAGGGGACCUCGGGGACCUCAGGGUAUCAGUGGACCUCCAGGUGAGCCAGGCCCGAAAGGCAUUCAAGGAAGCAAGGGAGAGCAAGGCCCUUCAGGUCCCUAUGGUCCUCCAGGACUCCCUGGUGUUGGACAGCCAGGACCCAAGGGUGCUCAAGGUCAAGAAGGUAAAACCGGAUUCCCAGGACCUCCUGGAAUUGGUGAGCCAGGAUUACCUGGACCACGUGGCCCUGAUGGUCUGCCAGGUGAGAAAGGUCUGCCAGGAGAGGGCAUUCAAGGCCAAAAGGGUGAAAAAGGCUCUGAAGGUGUAGCUGGUCCUCCUGGACUGCCAGGUCAACAGAUCAAAGGUGACAAGGGUGAACAAGGCCAGGUUGGACCACAGGGCCCAGCAGGACCACCAGGAAUAGGCAAUCCAGGAAGCCAGGGUAUACAGGGUCCACAAGGAAACCCUGGGGCAAAAGGAUCUAAAGGUUUUGGUCUGCCAGGUCCAAAGGGUCAACCAGGUGAACCUGGACAAAAAGGAGAACCAGGACUUCCAGGAAUUGGCGUACGAGGACUUAAAGGUGAUAUAGGUCCACCAGGACUCCCAGGAGCGAGAGGGGUGCAGGGAGAUCCUGGGAAGUUGGGGAAAAAGAAUGAGCUGCUGAGUGAGCAAAACUCAGUGCUUUGGCUGAUUAUUGAAUUGCUGCUGAGAAUCCACGCGCCUCCAAACUCUGCUACUGUGCAGCUCUUAAAUGAGGGUAGCAGCUGGCCAACAUGUAGAAUUGAUGAACUGAACAUGAUUCAGAGGCAGUGCAAAUACCAGUUUGAGAAGCUACAGCCUGAGGCAGGGGAAAAGGGAGAUCAAGGUCCAAGAGGCCCAGAAGGACCCCCUGGCAAAGGAGAUGUAGGCCAAAAGGGUGACCCUGGAGAAAAAGGAUCCCAAGGACUGAUUGGUUAUAAAGGAGUACAAGGCCCAGCUGGACCAAAAGGUGAACCGGGAGAGAGAGGACCACCUGGUGUCGCUGGAUCGUCUAUUCAGGGACCUGCUGGACCAAAGGGGGAUCCAGGACCCAAGGGGCCACCAGGAGAUGAUGGACUUCCUGGAAAUUCAAUAAUGGGACCAACGGGUCACCGCGGACUACCAGGACUACCUGGACCUCGUGGAGCAAAAGGCGAUGGCCACAAAGGUGAAGCUAACACAAGUACUCUUCCUUUAGGACAACUACUGACAUGCUUUAUUCCUCUGCUGUAUCAGGGACCUCCAGGACCAGCAGGCCCCCCAGGACCAGCAGGCCCAAAAGGCGUGGGAGAUGCUGGACCAAAGGGAGACCGUGGAAUGAGAGGCUAUCCUGGGCCCCCAGGGCCACGGGGAAGUGGAACAGUUGGUCCCCAGGGUAUUAUGGGACAGAAAGGCAUGCCUGGUCCACCUGGCCCCCCUGGCGACAGCAUACAAGGAAGCAAGGGAGAAAAAGGAGAUAAAGGUUUUCCUGGAUUAAAGGGAUCAAUAGGAAUUGGCCUUCCUGGACCAAAGGGAGACUAUGGAGAUAAAGGUGAUCCAGGGAGCAAAGGUACCAAAGGAGAGAUUGGAGACCCAGGACCUCCAGGACCAAAGGGAAUUUGGGGAAGAAAAGGUGAACCUGGUCUUUCGAGAGAAGAAGUUAUCAGACUUAUCAAUGAAAUAUGUGGUUGUGGUAUCAGAUGUAGAGUAACACCACUGGAACUAGUAUUUGUCACUGACAGUUCAGAAAGUGUUGGACCGGAUAACUUCAAUAUUAUCAAAACGUUUAUGAAAACAGUCAUUGACAAGGUAUCGGCCAACCACGCUACAACCCGCUUUGGCAUUAUCAACUUCAGCCAUAAAGUGGAGUUGGUGUCUUCUCUGAAGCAAUACACAAGCAAAGAAUACCUGAAAUCAGCUGUUGAUAAAAUGCCCUACUUAGGAGAAGGCACGUACACCGCUUCUGCUAUCCAAGAAGCCAUUCAGUUAUUUCGGGCAGCACGCCCGGCAGUAAGAAAAGUGGCUGUUGUAAUAACAGAUGGACAAGCAGACGCUCGUGAUAAAGUACAACUGGACACUGUAGUAAGAGAGGCCCAUGCUACGAAUAUUGAGAUAUUUGUCAUUGGGGUCGUUCAAAGCACUGAUCCUCAUUAUGAUGAUUUUCUGAAAGAAAUGCAGCUCGUUGCAACAGACCCUGAUGAAGAACAUGUUUACCAGAUAGAUGACUUCAUGACGCUUUCAGCUCUUGAAAAUAAACUGAUCACAAAAAUCUGUGAGAAUGUGUCUGAAGUCUACACCAGGAAAGAUAAUGUUUUAUCUCUGUCUCCAAGUCCAGAAUCUGAAAUUGCUAGUGAAGAUACCAACAGCCAGUUACCUAAAGUGACUACUUCAGAUACGCUCCCUACAGAAGGAAUCAGUUACCCACUUAGUCCACCACAGACCAGAUAUACUGAGCCGCUGCCACCUGCUCAGGAUCACACUGCGACCACCUCUGCACACAGAGAACUGAGAUUUCUCCCGCGUUAUGACAUAUCUGAAAUCAGACCUCAGAGUCCAGUUGUCAAUCCUUUGUUCAAUGUAACUGCUACUGAAGAUCACCACCUAACCAGGUUGCAAACACAGGUAGCAACAACCCUAAAAGAUCCAAGGUGCUUGGAACCUAUGAAACAAGGGGAUUGUUGGGACUACGUGGUGAAAUGGUAUUAUGACAAGAAUGGCAAUUCUUGUGGCCAGUUCUGGUACGGAGGCUGUAAUGGUACCAACAAUAGAUUUGAAACAGAAAAAGAAUGUCGAGAAACCUGCAUUGAUUGA